GUCAGCUAAGUCAAGCGUCUCUGUCGCAUCUGCAGCUGGCUAAGUGGCAAGAGGCAAGAGGCAACAGAAGAUUCCAGUGAAAAGUAAAUCCUCGCAGCGAAUAGAGGUCAAAAGCAAAUGCGCGUAAAGUGCCAAAAUAAGCAUUAAAAGCAAUGCUAACUGCAACAUUUCAAAUGCAAGAGCAAAAUUGCAACAUCAACGGCAACAGCAGCAACAACGACAACAACAACUGGCUCGUCAAAAGUCAAUUAACUGCUGGUUUGAAGGCGUACAAGAUGUGUUAUCUAUCAGCAGCCACCGAUAGUUGUGUGUCGCCCACAUCUGCGAAUGCAUUUGAAUUGCCACCCACUAUCAUUCACACUCUCAACGCGCACAGAUGUCAACUCGAAUCGAUGCAGUUGCUCUCAAUGGCUGAUUCCAUUUGGCAGACACUGCGCAAUAUGUUACACCUGCCUGAUUUACUAGUUCUCUGCUGCCUGUGGGCCAGUGGUCUCUCGUUGGGCUACUACCUAAAGUCGGCUUUUGUUUACAAUAAUCUGUGGCCACAUUGGUAUGCAUUGGUAGCUGGCAUCAUGGCUAUAUCUCUAGCUCUGGGCUGGACACUGCGCAAGCAUGGAAAGCAGCGUUAUAGCUACGAUCAUUACUAUAUCAUAUUUUACGGACUGCUCUGCUCGCUGCUGGGCAGCUGUUUUAUGCUCAGCAACCAGUUGGCGAUUAGCUACUACUUCAGCUGUAUUGGCCUAUGUGUGGUUUAUGUGGCCAGCUUCAGUUAUGUGAGCCUGCGCAGCGAUGCCUCUGGCCUGCGUCCGGCGAGGAUUGCUUUGGCGAAUGCCAUGCAUGCCUGUGGCAUGGCCAGUGGAUUUGUUAUCUUCAACGAGUUUGAGCCACAGCGCUGUGGUCUCAUUGAGCUGGGCGUCAAUCUGCUCCUGUUGCUCUUCGUCUGCAUCAACGAACUGCUGCAGCAUUUGGGCGUGCACAACUAUAAGCAGUCGCGAGACCUUGUAUUCAAUCUGCUUAACGAGGAGCGUUUGGUCUUUCUGAAACGCCAGGCAAUACUCGUCCAGUUUGUCGACCGCAAGGAAUAUCGUCUGCAGGCCAGUCGACAGUGGUUGGUGCUCUUUUUAGGUGGCUUGUUGCUGAUGCCACAGCGCUGUUUCCUGCUCCAUUCCCCCGUCCACAUUCAACUCAUGUGGAGCGCCACCGCGGGCUUUGUGCAGCGCUCGCAGCUCUUCACACCAUUUGCUCUCUAUGCCGGCGGCUGUGCUCUGAGCGCUCUCCUGCUGCUGCGAUAUACACCAAAGUUAGUCUUCCUGCUGUUUGGCAUCAUUCAAGUCACUCUAGUAGUGGCUCUGCUGUGCAUCUAUGAUGAGGAUCAAUCGGAGCACUGUUUCCUCUUUCUGUGCCUCAUCUAUUGCAGUGUGGGCGUUCUGUCCAGCCAGGCGCUGCACUGGCUUCUGGAGUGCUCACCAUUCCUCUACACGGAACUUUCGCUGGCCGUGGGCUUUGCUUUGCAACUGGCGAUUUUGGAGGUCUGCAAGUAUGAGGUGGGUGCGGAUGAUGUGCGGACAACUAUGUUGGCCAGCAGCUUGACAUAUCUGCUGUUGACUUUGUUGGCCAUCAUGCUGGUCAUCUGGCUGCAGCCUCGCUCUGCCAGUUUAGUCGAUGUGCGCAAUCGCCUUCUGGGCAUUCGGCGCCUCAAUUUACCCGCUGCCCAAACGCAGUUCUGGCACACAAAUCAUUUUCUGGCCCAUAACAAACAGCCAAACGAACUCCAGCCCGUCCAACUGGACAAGACGCGCGUCUUUCAACAGUAUCCAAUAAGCGAAUCUGCUGCCAAUGGCAAAGCUGACAAAUUUUGAAAUAAAAUUGUGGUUUUUUUUUCAA